CCCAAUUGGCAACCUGACCGCGUUGUGACGUGGUCAUUUGAUAGCUUUAGUUGGUUUUUGUUUAUGUUUGCUUUGACCUGCAUCUGCAUCUUCCUCUCCUCUCUUUGCGACUACAAUCUCUUCUCAACUGUGUUCUGUUUGCAUCUGUGAUCUUCGUGGAGCCUUUUAGCCACAAUGUCGAUGGCGGCGGGUUCUGCAAUUGGAUUUGAAGGAUACGAAAAGAGGCUGGAAAUUGCAUUUUUUGAACCGAGUAUCUUUCGUGAUCCCCAAGGAAGGGGUCUUCGAUCCCUGUCCAAAUCCCAGCUGGACGAGUUUCUUGGACAAGCUGAGUGCACUAUUGUCUCAUCACUGUCCAACGAUGAAGUCGACUCAUAUGUUCUGUCGGAGUCGAGCCUCUUUGUUUACUCCUACAAGAUCAUCAUCAAAACUUGUGGGACGACUAAGUUGCUCCUAGCAAUCCCACCUAUCCUGAAGUUAGCUGAAGGCAUUGAUCUCACCGUGAGAUCUGUGAGGUAUACUCGUGGGAGCUUCAUUUUCCCAGGAGCACAAUCAUUCCCUCACCGAAACUUCUCCGAAGAAGUUUCUACUCUUGACGCAUACUUUGGGAAGCUCGGGGGAGGCAGCAGAGCUUAUAUGAUGGGCGGUGGGUCUGACGGACCUCAGAAAUGGCAUGUGUAUUCUGCUUCAGCUGAACCUGUUAGCUUGGUUGAUCCUGUAUACACCCUAGAAAUGUGCAUGACUGGUCUGGACAAGCAAAAGGCUUCUGUUUUCUACAAAUCUGAGUCAAGCUCAGCAGCUGGAAUGACCAAUGAUUCUGGAAUCCGAAGGAUCCUACCAGAUUCUGAUAUUUGUGAUUUCGAGUUUGACCCCUGUGGUUAUUCGAUGAAUGCCAUUGAAGGAGCGGCAAUUUCAACCAUUCAUGUUACACCAGAAGAUGGUUUUAGCUAUGCUAGUUUUGAAUCCGCAGGAUAUGACUUCAAUGAGUUGAAUCUUAACCAGUUGACUGAGAGGGUUUUGGCUUGUUUCAAACCGAGUGAGUUCUCCAUUGCUGUGCAUGCUGAUGUUGCAGUCAAGUCACUCCAGCAAAUUUGUUCAUUGGAUUUGAAGGGAUACUGUCGCGAAGAGAGCAGCCACGAGGAGCUUGGAAUGGGUGGUUCCAUUGUUCAUUACAGGUUCCUCAAGACUGAGGCCUGUGGUUCUCCAAGAUCAACUCUUAAAGGCUGCUGGAAAGAGGAAGAUGAGGACUACGAAUCCUCUUGAGAGUCGUUAACUUAUAAUUGGUUGGCAUUUACUGUUUCAGUAUAAAUAAUUACCUGUCAGGCAUGAUCUGAUAUUGGUAAUGGUAGUAUGUGUAGAAGUUUUCAGUUAUAUGUUCUUUUUGCUGAAGUCUUUCUAUUCUGGAUGAGUGUUGUAUUAUCUUCUCAUCAAUGGACCUUUGUAUUCAAGACCGAAAAAGAAGAUCUCUGUAUCUUCAGUUAAUACAUUCAUGGUUAUGUUAA